AUGUCAUGUGCCGACUUUAUUAUUGAUGGAACAAGAAUUCACAUUCCAAAGCUGACAUCGGAUUAUCAGGGACGAAUAAUCAAAUGUAGUGCCACGCAACAAUUUGCCGGUUAUGAUCACAGCGAUGCUGAAUCCCAAUUCAUCAAAAUUGAAGUUUACUUUCCACCACAAUUUUUGGCCUAUGAAGUAACACGAUAUGCAGUUAUUGGUCGAAACAUAACUCUGGAAUGUCAAGUGAACAAAUCGAAUCCACCAGUUGAUGAAUUUGUCUUCUACAGAGGCAAUGCUCCAGUUGUAUCAGAUCAAGAAAAAUAUGAUAUCACCGUUGAUCUUAAUAAGCAACUUGCAAAGCUUACGAUAAUCAAAGUUAGUGACGAUGACUUGGGAAAAUAUGUUUGUUCAGCUAUUAAUGCUAAAGCUCAAUCCAGUCAAACAGUACAGCUUAGUAAAGCUGAUCCACCUGGUGAAAUUAAAGUUUCAUAUGAAAGUGCUAAAGAGGAUUCAAUAAUUUUAAGAAUACAACAAGCUGAUGAAGAAAAAUUACCAAUUACUGCCUAUAUUAUACGAUAUCUUCAACAAAAUCAAUUGGACAAUGUAAGUGUUGUGUUAAUAACACAAAUAAUUCUUUAAAU